AAGAGUCUAAACCACGAUUUCAACAUUUAACUGUGGUUAAGCUUAGUUCUCUCUCUCUCUCUCUCUCUCUCUCUCUGAUACUGUACUGUGCCUUGGUCCCCUGCAACUCUGCAAGCCUUUCGCCGUCUUCUACGUCCACUUGGAUCCUCUCUCUUUCUCUCUCUCUCACACACACACAUUGAGCUGAGCUACAAACUCUUAAAAGCUCAAACUUUUGGGAACACUUACCCUGAUUUACAACCAAAUUCCACAUUUUUAAUGCAUAUGGAUUAGCAAACUUUGGCUGGUUCGAGGAACCCAGAUUUUCCAAAUACUUCUUUUUCAAUGAAUCAUGUGAGAGUUUUUUCCAAGUUGGGAAUUGGGUAUUGAGUAUUUUGAGCUGGUUUCCAGCUUAACAUGACUUUCCCAUGAUUUUAAGUGGUGUUUGUUUGAGGUUUUUGGUUUUAAUGAUCUGGGUUUUUUCUGGGGUUGCUGUUUAGUGAUUUAAAAAGUGGAAAACAGAGUAUUUUUAAACUUAAAGAGCUUUAAUUUGGAGGGUUUUUGUAUCAUUGGAAGCCAUUAAAGAAUUGGUUUGACUGGUACUUUAUCCUUAAUUAAAUUUUGUUAACUUUUAUAUACAUAUAUUAUAUACUUCACUGACAAGGACUUUAGUAUUAAAAGAAAGAUUUUAUUCUGUAAAUUUUAACUGUAAAAGAAGUGCCAUUUCCUACUUUUUUUUUUUUUUUUUGGUUUGGGGUUCCCUUAUAAGUUCAACUGGGAUUGUCUUAUAGUGGGUUUUGGACAGGCUUGUUUCUUAAAACCUCGUUUGGUUUCUAUAUUUUUUUGGGUUCUUUGAACCAUGCAUUGAGAGUUAAAAAUAGUAGGCUGUUGAUGUGGAUGUUACCAUCAACGAUGGCCAAGUGCUUGAAUCUGAAGCGUUUCUGAGGAACAAACUGUGUUUCCACCUCUCACAACAUGCCUUUGUCUGAGCUGUAUCGAAUGGCUAAAGGAAAGCUUGAGUCUACUAGGGAGAAGAACACCACUUGUUCAAAUGAUCUGUCUUUUCUACCAGAGAAUGAUCUUUUUGAGCUGGUAUGGGAAAAUGGUCAGAUUUUGAAGCAAGGUCAGUCCAGUAGAGCUAGAAAGAGCCCAACUAGGAACAACUUUCAAUCUCACUGUUUACCAUCUUACACCUCUAAGAUAAGAGAUAAAGAUAUAGGGAAUGGCAGCAAUUCAAAGAUGGGAAAGUUUGGGGGAAUGAUGUCUGUAUUGAAUGAAAUCCCAAUGUCAGUGCCAUCAGAUGAAAUGGAUUUGAGUCAAGAUGAUGACAUGAUGCCUUGGUUGAAUUAUCCAAUUGAUGAUUCUUUACAACAUGAAUAUUGUUCUGAGUUCUUGCCUGAAUUAUCUGGGGUCACUGUAAAUGAACUGUCCAACCAGAAUAAUUUGGCAUCUAUCGACAAAAGAAGUAGUUGUAAUCUGGUAUAUAGGGAUUGCCAUACUAAUUCAGUAAAUGAUGUUGUGAGUUUAGGACAGGGGAAUGCGUCAAAAGUUUCUUCAGUAGGAGUAGGUGAGGCCACAAGACCUAGAACUACUCCUUUAUACCCAUCAUCAUCAUCACAACAAUGUCAAACAUCCUUUUCAUCUCUUAGAUCAAAGGUUACAGAUGGCGCUGGCAAUAAUACGAGCAGUGUCAUGCACCGUGCUGUAUGUGGGGAUUCAACACAGGUUGCAUCUGCUGCAGGUGGAUUUCCUACUAUAAAGAUGCAGAAGAAAGAUCAAAUGUCAUCUAACAAUAAUUCCAAUCUGAUGAAUUUCUCUCAUUUCUCACGUCCUGCUGCUCUUGUGAAGGCUAAUCUUCAGAACAUGGGCCUCAUGGCUGGUUCGGAUUUAUCAAGCAUGGAAAGGAUAACAAGUAAGGAUAAAGGUUCUGCUGCAAGUAUUAAACAUCCUCCUGAAUCAACACAUAUCAAUUCCAUUAGUGGUUUACAAAAAGAAUCAAGUUCCCAUUGUCAACCUCUUGCUGCACCUGCGCCAUCCAAGGUUGAUUUAAAACCAUCAGAGGAUAAGCCUGUUGAGGAAACAGUUGCCAGAAAACAAUCUGAGGCUGUCUGUCCAGAUGAGGCCUCUAGGAAUGACAAUAUCUCCAAUCAAGUCUUCGGUGAAAGUGUGACAAAGGGACUGCCAGAUGGUGAGAAGACUACAGAGCCUGUUGUUGCUUCUUCUUCUGUUUGUUCAGGCAAUAGCGUCGAGAGACCUUCCGAUGAUCCAACGCAUAAUUUGAAGAGAAAAUUUCGUGACACUGAGGAGUCCGAAUGCCAUAGUGAAGACAUUGAAGAGGAAUCAAUUGGGGCAAAAAAAGCAGCUCCUGGCCGAGCGGGUACAGGUUCAAAGAGAAGCCGGGCAGCAGAAGUACAUAAUUUAUCCGAAAGGAGGCGAAGAGAUAGGAUCAAUGAGAAGAUGCGUGCAUUGCAAGAACUUAUUCCAAACUGCAAUAAGGUGGACAAAGCUUCAAUGCUUGAUGAGGCCAUAGAGUAUCUGAAGACACUUCAACUUCAAGUGCAAAUUAUGUCAAUGGGAGCUGGUUUUUAUAUGCCUCCAAUGAUGUUACCAACUGGAAUGCAACACAUGAGUGCACCUCAUAUGGCUCAUUUCUCUCCAAUGGGCGUUGGAAUGGGAAUGGGAAUGGGAAUGGGAAUGGGCUAUGGGAUGGGUAUGCCAGACAUGAAUGUUGGACCUACGGGUUACCCUAUGAUUCAAGUGCCCCCCAUGCAAGGAGCACAUUUCCCUGGCCCACCUAUAUCAGGACACACUGCUAUGCAUGGGAUGGCCGGAUCUAACCUUCAGAUGUUUGGGCUUCCUGGUCAAGGACUUCCAAUGCCAAUGCCUCGUGCACCAUUAAUUCCUUUGUCGGGAGGGCCUGUUAUGAAGUCUGCCACAGGACUUAAUGCCUGUGGGGUUGUAGGUCCUGUGGAAAAUGUGGAUUCAGCUCCAGCCUCUAGCUCAAAGGAUCCAAUGCAGAAUGUUAAUUCUCAAGCGAUGCAAAUCACUGGUGCUAGUAGCUCAAUGACUCAGACAUCUAGUCAGUGUCCAGCAACAAAUGCAAGAUUUGAACCAUCUUCUUUGGUGCAAAAUAAUGGUCAAGUCUCAGAUGUUGUUGGCAACACAGCUGUUAACUCUGCAAAUGGAAAUGACCUUGUGCCUAGUAAACCAGCUUGCUAUGAUUGACAACCAGUUCUUAUGAUCUUUGUGAUUGAAGAGAAAUCUGUCAUGGCCUUUUGAGAUUGAUCCUUUGUUUCAUGCUUCUUCAGGAUCUCAGCAAUUUCAGUUGGACUAGAAGGGGUAUAACCAUCAAUAUUCUAAUUUCAGGACAGUACAAUUAAAAUUGCACAGAUUUUGGUACCUUGGGGAGACUCAGAAUCUUUUUCUUGAGCUUGUACAUUAAAAUAGUGGCACACGCAGUCAAUGCAAUGUCUAGGAGUUAACUAUCUCGGAAAUAUGUAUUCAAAACGUUUUUUAGACCUCUCAUAACAAUUCUUUGAAUUAAAUGAUAAUUAUAUUCCAAUA